CUUCUCUCCAGGGUCUUGGUACGCAAGACAACACUCUGAUAAGGAUCAUGAUCUGUCGUUCUGAGAUAGACAUGCUGGAUAUCCGGGAGUGCUUCCGUAUGUGCUAUGAGAAGUCCCUGUACAACAUGAUCAAGGAAGACACAUCAGGAGAUUACAAGAGGACUCUGCUCGCCCUGUGUGGAGGAGAUGAUGACCUWGCAGGAGAGUUCUUCCCAGAGGCAGCUCAGCUAGCCUACAAGAUGUGGGAAACAAGUGCCAUGACCAAAGUUCAGCUCAGACCAACCAUCCGUCCUGCCAGUGAUUUUGACCCGGCUGAUGAUGCUCAGAACCUGAGGAAAGCCAUGAAAGGCUUUGGCACAGAUGAAGACGUCAUCAUUAACAUUGUGGCUAACAGGAGCAACGAGCAGAGACAGGAGAUCAGACAGGCCUUUAAGUCCAUCCUCGGCAGGGACCUGAUGAAGGAUCUGAAGUCUGAGCUCUCUAAGAACCUGGAGAGGCUGAUUAUCGGCCUGAUGCUGACGCCCGCUGAGUUUGACGCCAAGAUGAUGAGGAAAGCGAUGGAGUGUUCCAAGAGUUUGUCCGAUYCAGCAAUAAGGACAUUGAACAGAUCAUCAAGAAGGAGAUGUCUGGAGACGUGAAACAGGCCAUGUAUGGCAUAGUUCGGAGUGUAAAGAACCAGCCUAGUUACUUUGCUGAGCGCCUGUACAAAGCCAUGAAGGGUAUGGGCACAGACGACAGGGCUCUCAUCCGCAUCAUGGUCUCACGCAGCGAAGUCGACCUUUUCAAUAUUCGCAAAGAGUUCAAGGAGACUCACGACUGCUCUCUCCAUGAAUUCAUCCAGGUAGAAACUAUGGUUGGUGAUACCUCAGGAGACUACCGUAAGACCCUGCUGAUGCUGUGUGGAGGACAAGACUAGAACCAGAACCACCCGGCAGGCUUCCAGAAGGCUCUAGAACACCAGUGGAGCUUCUAGAACCCUCUAGAACGCCAACUGAAGCUGUCAAUCUACCGGUCAACUGUGCUGUGCGUGCAUCCCCAUUGAACCCAGUGGGGAUAGUCAGUCUGCUCUGUUUGUCCCACACCGCUGCCACUCCUCUGCCAAAGUGACCUAUGACCUCAACAGCCUCCCCACAUAGUCCCUGUUCCGUUCAGCCUUCCUAGCUUCCUUGAAGUAAUCACAGAUCUAAUUGGGUUCAAGUGAUUUUAGGGUGCUAAACUUGCUAUACUUACACCUAUCGCUAACUAAUGAUGCAUUUCUAAAGAAGUGGAACAGGAGCCAAAGCUCUGUGCUGUCACCUCCGUGUCAGCUAGCCUGUCUUCUUCAUGUCAAACCUUUCUUUUUUUUACAGAACUUCUGUAGUGUUCGUGGUAUUUACAUUGAAAGUGAGAGAUAGGAAACUGCUUGGCUAUGUGUCUAACUGUCAACCUAUUGAAGACUUGAAGUGUUUUUUUGUAUAACGCUUCUACAAUGCGAUAGGUCAAUAGGUCAUCCAUCCAAUGAAUACUGUAUGGUUUUAGGAACGUUACAUUGUUUCGCCUGAUAAUUAAAGGAAUGCGUCAUAGUACUGUA